CUCAAAACGACCGGCCGGGUCGUUACAAGAAGUUGGCCCUCAUGGAAUUUGUGAAAAUGUUAUUUACUAUAAAAUAAUUAUUAGGAUUUGAAGAAUAAAUUUUUAAUGAUAAAAAGUUGAACUGAGCCCAUCAGCAUUUAAUUGGAACAUAAGAAGAAAAAGCCUCGAAAGAACAAAGCUUUAUUGAAUUCCUAGAUUCAACUUGAUUCCAAUAUUCAUGUACAAAAACAUGUAUAGCGCUCUCCCAAAAGAUAAGACAAAUAUUGACAUGGAAAAAAACGAGGAUCAUGGACCAUUAAGCAGUUUCAAGACUAGACCAAGACGAAAAUGAUAUAUCAAUUAAAUGAUGACUAAUCUAGAACCUCCAAAAUUAGACCCUAAGGCAAAAUUAAGAACACCACCUAUCCACUUCCGUUUCCUUUUACAUUUUCCUUAUUUUAUAUAAGCAAAUACGAGAUGGGUUUUGAUGUUUAAUUCGCCUUGGGGGCAGGCCAAUUCUAAGUCCAUUGAAAGGAAAUAAAAAAGCCUUGGAGAAAAUAUAUCUAGUACUAAUUCCAUGGAAUUAGUCGAGAUGCGUGCAAUCUGGUCCGAAUACCAUGGUUAUAAAAAAAAAAAUCUAGUAGACUAUAUAUGGAGGUGGAGGGGGCGUGACCUCUGCCAACGCAUCCUGCUAUUGAUCUGGUCCUGCAUCUUUUGAUGAUUUCGUCGUCUUUAUUUGUAAGUUCUGUUGUUUCUUGGAAUUUUAUUUUUAUGCAUCCAGUCCACUAGAGAAAGCACAGUUGCUUGUACCUUCUGCAUAAUUGUGAUUUCUCUUUGGCUACAAAUGUAUUUUGUUUUACAUGUCACCAGGAAAAUGUGCAAAUAGAUUGCUCGCAUCAUCAGGCUUACCUCUCAUUGCAAGACAAAUGAAGAGACUUGAACUCAGUCCUAUAUGGGCUCUUCUUGCUGCAUUUGAGGAUCCUCUGCCUACUGCACUAAAUGCAGAGUCCCUUCCCUUUGAAGGGGCUUUUGUAAAAGGAGUUGAAUCUGUCUCAUGGAUGGCAAACAACACUAAGAAACUCUUAGGCAGAGAUAGUGGUCCACAAUGUUGGACAUUUUUCAGCACUGCAGCAUUUGGAAAGCAGAACAAAGUUCCCCAGGUCUCUUCUGUGACAAUAUUUUGAGCUCAAACUAUAAAUAUCUCUAACGGCUUUGUUGUCUUGACCUUUCACUUUAGCCAUAAAGUAAUGGUAAAUAGGGUUAGUUUAUAUAGUUGGAAAAAUUGGAUUUAAUGAGUUAUUCAUUGAUUGAAAGGGACCAGGUAACAGAGUGAAGGUUUUGCAUAUGCAUGGAAAAACUGGCAAAUGAGUGUGUUUUCAUAUCUCUGUCCACCAUGCUUAGAUCAAAGUUCAAACUGUCAACAAAUAGUGCUAAUUUAGAGGACCAUGGGUUAAGAAUUAAUCAUGUUUGAGAAUAAUAUCAAAAACCAUUCCAUUUGACACACUUUGAAAUUGACCAGGAUAGGCUAGGUUUGUCUAGCAGUUAACUGUUACGGAACUGCUAUUAACAAUCCCUGUUUCUGAAGAAACAAACUGUGUAACAUGUCAGUGUGGAACUCUAUUAAUCUAGGUCAGCAAGAUAUCAUAUCCUUGUCAUAGCAAAACUUCAGCAAUCAUUCCCAUGGUUAUGGAUGUUACCUGGAUUUGGCCAAAGUCCAAAAGAAUUCCAACAUUAAAUUUUAUGUAGAUAUCAAUAAUGAGCCGGGGCAGGGGUAAGGUUUGCGUACACACUACCCUCCCCAAACCCCUCUUGUGGGAUUUUACUGGGUCGUCGUCAUUGUUGUUGUUGUAUAUCAAUAAUGAAUCUAGUUCAUCUUUUUCUUUUUUGAUCUAUCCUGAAAGCACAAGUAUAGGUCCUAAUUGUGCAAGGUAACCUAUAAAAUCUGUUAGUUUUUCCUCAUCAUUUACUUAAUCCAUUUUACACUCAAAAGAAAUCAAAAGUGUGCAAUUGGAUUUGAUCUCAAAGAGUAUUCUCUUCAGCACUAAACCUCCAUAUUCACCUCAUAAGUACCAACUCUAGUUCACUAUUUGGUAUGCUCUUCUUUCCUUAAGGAAUUUCCUCCCUAGAUCGACUGGUGUGAUGGCUGGUCAAUGGUUAAUUCAGUUGGAUUGGCCUGCCUUUCAGUCAUGCUUAUUAUAUUUGACCCUUGACAGCUGUAUUAGUUUGAAGCUUUGAAGUGUUUCCGAUCUUUAAGUUUGUUAUGGAUU